AUGUUUGGCCUUGUCAUUGUUUUGGCCUCAGUAUAUACCUUAACUCGGUCAAGAGGGCGAUAUCAACCGUUAUUCUUAGUCCUGUCCUCGUAUCCCCCUUCACUGCGCCUUCGCUGUCAUCAAAUCUGCAGGCCACAGUCCAUGCAGCGCAAGCAAAUCCUGCCUUCUCUGGACAGUAUUCGUCACCCUUGGUAA